AUGGGAGGAAACAAACGCAAAGGAGGAGCAGGAGCACAGGAUAACGGCGGAAAGAAGGCCAAGGUCGAUGUUCACAAGAUUGGCAAGUACCUCCCAGGCGGAUUCCCCAUCGACCCCAAAAUGAAGGGUGUCAUGGUCACCUGUGCCCGAGGCAGAGAGACCCAGGCCGGCAAGGAGGCCUGCGACUUGUUGUCCGAGUACGCACAAAAGCUGUAUGGAGACAAGUUCAACGACGAACCAGAGCAGGAUGAGGAUGAGUCUAUUGAGGACGCUAUCGCUCGUGAGGUUGCUCAGGCCAAAAAGACAAAAGGCGGCAAGAAGUUCCUGCCAUUGUCCACAGGAACCGACUGCGUUAUUUUUAUUCGCGCCAUGGACAUUGAACCAUCCAAGCUGUGCCAUUACGUCCUCUCGGAUCUUCAAAAGUCAGGAAGCAAGCGCACGAGGUACAAGAAAGAAAUGAUGUCUCCAGGAGACGACAGCGUGCACUGGAGGUCAUUGGCCAAUAUGCCUAUUCGCCUGAACAAAUACUGCAUGAGAUUCAUUCCUGUUGAUGAGACAAGUUACGCCAACAUGGAGGACAUUGAAACCAUGUCCGAGCGUGUUUUCAAGCCUUACUUCCAAGCCGAAGAUCAAAACCCCACGACUUUCAAGAUCAUUCCUAAGAUCCGACACAACGACAAGGUCGAGCGCGACACACUCUUGAAGAAGCUGGCUGGUAUGGCUGGUCAAGGCCAGAACCACACGGUCUCGAUGGAUGAUCCCGAAUACAUCAUCCUUGCCGAGGUCAUCAAGAGCAUUUGUUUCAUGGGAGUAGUCAGAGAUUACGAAAAGUUGAAAAAGUACAACAUCCAGAGCAUCUUUGAGGCAGCACAAAAGAGCGAGGAGGUACCAAAGGGAGGUGAUGUGAAGAAGGAUGAUGACGAAAAGAAAGAGGAGACAACGACGUCAGAAGCAGCCCCAGAAGAGGAGACCGCAUCUGCCACUUGA